AUGUCGACGAAGCACGUUGUUUUCGACGUUGUCGGCACCUGCGUUGGCUACGACGUCUGGUUUGAUGCAAUUGCCGCUCAGCUGGGCGAGAGGUUUGCCAAACUCGGCAUCUCGCCGCGUCUCUUUGCCUUCGCGUGGAUGGAGGCGGCCGAGCGCGAGUACACCUACCUGUCCCUCUCCGGCCGCUACACCAUGUUCUCCAAGCUCCAGGCCGCCCUGUUCUACCGCAUGCUCUACCAAGCCGGCGUCGACGAGCCGCGCAAGUUUGCCACGGACGAGGACCUCAAGGUCAUCACGGAAGCGUACAACAACCUCAAGAUGCGCGACGGCGUCCCGGAGAUGUUCGCCAAGCUGCGCGCAGCGGGCUUCACAUGCUGGUGCCUGUCGGCCGGUGACAGGAAGCGCGUGAGCGGAUACUUUGAGAAGGCAGGCGUUCCCAUGCCCGCCGAGAACUUGAUGAGCUGCGACUCCAGCGGGAUUGGAAAGCCGGACCCCAAGGCGUACGAGCCGGCCAUCCAGGCACUUGGGGAUGGCGAGAAGUGGUUCGCAGCCGCACACAUGUGGGACGUGUCUGCUGCGCGAACAGUCGGGUUCAAGGGCGCAUACACCAGCGUGUGGGAGAAGGAGCCGUGCACAGAGAUCUUUGGUGAGAUGGAGGUCAUGGCCGAGACGCCGCUGGAGAUGGCGGACAAGAUCAUCGCGGCAUCGUCAUAG